UGUUGCCAUCAAGCGGCCGUACCAAAGAGGCUCAGAGAGAAGUUUCAGUCGCGGAGUAGAUGACAACACUGACGACCCGCUGUCGGCUGCCUCUCCUACAUCAGAAUGGCCACCGUGGACAUAGACAUACAGCCUACUGAGGAGAAGAGGACGCUGACCCUCCGUGGUCAUGUUGGUUUCGACAGCCUUCCUGACCAACUGGUCAGCAAAUCCGUCUCCCAGGGCUUCUGCUUCAACAUCCUCUGUGUAGGUGAAACAGGGAUCGGGAAGUCGUCUCUAAUGAACACUCUCUUCAACACGACCUUUGAGAACGAAGAGGUCAGCCACUUCCAGAACACUGUGUAUUUACGGCCCAGGACUUACAACCUACAGGAGAGUAACGUGGACCUCAAGCUGACGAUUGUGGACACCGUGGGUUUUGGUGACCAGGUCAAUAAAGAGGAGAGCUAUAAGCCCAUUGUGGACUACAUUGAUACCCAGUUUGAACACUUCCUCCAAGAGGAGCUGAAGAUCAAGCGUUCACUCCAUAAUUACCACGACACGAGAAUCCACAUCUGCCUGUACUUCAUCUCCCCUACAGGCCAUUCAUUAAAGUCUCUAGAUCUGGUCACCAUGAAGAAACUGGACAGUAAGGUGAACAUAAUCCCCCUUAUCGCGAAGGCGGACACCAUCUCUAAGUGUGAGCUUCAGAAAUUUAAGAUUAAGAUCAUGAGCGAACUGGUCAGCAACGGCGUUCAGAUUUACCAGUUUCCAACAGACGAUGAAGCCGUUACAGAAAUCAACUCUACCAUGAACGCACAUAUGCCGUUUGCUGUUGUGGGGAGCUGUGAGGAGGUUAAAGUGGGGAACAAGCUGGUGCGAGCCAGGCAGUAUCCAUGGGGAGUGGUGCAGGUAGAGAAUGAGAGUCACUGUGACUUUGUGAAGCUGAGAGAGAUGCUGAUCCGGGUGAACAUGGAAGACCUGCGGGAGCAGACACACACACGCCACUACGAGCUCUACCGCCGCUGCAAACUGGAGGAGAUGGGCUUCAAAGACACCGACACUGACACACAGCCAUUCAGUCUGCAGGACGUCUACGUGGCCAAGAGGAGAGAGUUCCUGGCUGAACUGCAGCGCAGCGAGGAGGACAUGCGGCAGAUGUUCGUCAACAAAGUAAAGGAGACAGAGGCGGAGCUGAAGGAGCGGGAGAGAGAGCUGCAUGAGCGUUUUGAGCAGCUGAAGCGUGUGCAUCAAGAGGAGAAGAGGAGUUUGGAGCAGAAGCGGCGUGAGCUGGAGGAGGAGAUGAACUCGUUCAGCAGGAGGAAGGUGGCGGCGGAGGCGCUGCAGGCACACAUGCUGCAGAGCUCCAUCACACACACCAUCAAAAAGGACAAAGACAAGAGAAAUUGACUUAUUUGCACACUUUCUAAGCCUUGCUCGGAGCACUCCACCUAUUCACAUGGUUUACAAUGACAGCAGCAAAACAUGGAGCAGCAGAUGGGUCAUCACUGAAAUAUGCUUUUGGUUAUUGUAGAAUAUAUUUCACUAUACAGACUAGGCUUAUGGUAACUGGAGAGAGGAUUAGAAGAGGCCUUUCAGUAUUAUAUAAUCAUGAUACUUGAGCCACAAUAUGACUCUCAAAAUUGUGAUUGUGAAAGUAUUACAGUAUUACCUACUAAGACAUAUUGUGAUUUAUUACCUUUCACUACAAAAUGAAAACAUCUUACGACACUUUAUAACGUGUUUUCUUUUUUAUUUCCUUGUAAAACCUUCCUAUGAGAGUGAAACAUGAACUCCCCGGACAAACAAUUAGUCACCUUGCGAAAUUAAAGUGGUAGUAACUUUAGGCUUCUGCAGAUGGCGCUGCACGAGGAUGAUAAGGCUAUAAAUUCCUGCAGAGUGUGCAACGGGAUUCAUUGAUUGAGAAGAGGUGGUACAGUGCAGUGAAUGUCUCGUUCGUUGUGUGGAAAAUGGUGCACAAAGCAGAUGUUAAUGAUUGGCAAAAAAUAGUGAUUGCAUUUGGGGGGCCAAAGACCACAGUGUGAAGGAAGUAGCUGAAUUUUCAGGUGUGUUGAAGUGUACGGUCAUAAGGGACGACCAGCAGUGGCAAAGAUCCCAGUCUACAGGAAAUUCUCAUCAGAAUUGUGGCCGAAAGACGAAACUGACAGACACAGACCGCCAGCGUGUUUAAUGGACUGUGAAUAAAAAUCGCUUCGCUUCCAGACAAUAAUGGCUUUAAGAAGUCAAUGCAGGUUCUUCACAAGCAAUUUCUAAAAGAACUCUCAGCAGGGAGUUGCAUACCAUGAACAUAUAGACCAGAGCGGCACGCAAGAGGCCUUCACUCACUUCUGCUCAGUUCCCGGUUACAGUGAAAGGAGAGACACAAAAACUGGACUGUUCGUGACAGGAAACAUGUUAUCUGGUCAGAUGAAUCUCGUGAAUGAUGCUCUGCGUCGU